UCUUCUUCUUCGCUCCUCGUCUAAGACAGCACCCAAAAAAAACACACUCAUAUUUAGGCAAUAUAAUGAAGAAGACCAUCAAGAACUCAACUCACAGUCCCGAGAAAAUAAUUGUGCAUGAAGUGAAGAAGCGAAGAUCAGCUACUAAAGAUCUCAAGAAUGCUGUGAAACUUAAGAACCAGGAAGAAGAAACACCUCAUGAUGAUGUUGUUGUCGUUGAUGUUGAAGAUGAUGAUUGUAAUCAUGAUCUUGUUGAUGUUGAUGAUAAUGGUGACGAUGAUGAUGAGGAACAUGAAAGAUAUUGUAGACGUGAGUUUGAUCAUGGAUACCAUCUAGUGAAAGGCCAAAUGGGUCAUAGCAUGGAAGACUACAUUGUAGCUGAUACCAAAACCGUUAAAGGCCACAAUCUUGGGUUAUACGCUAUAUUCGAUGGUCACUCAGGCCAUGAUGUUGCGGAUUAUCUGCAGAACCAUCUAUUUGACAACAUCUUGAGUCAGCCGGAUUUUUGGAGAAACCCUAAGAAGGCAAUCAAGAGAGCAUAUAAGUCUACGGACGACUACAUUCUCCAUAACGUGGUAGGUCCACGAGGUGGCUCCACAGCUGUGACGGCUAUAGUGAUUGAUGGGAAGAGAAUUGUGGUUGCAAACGUUGGAGAUUCAAGAGCAAUUUUGUGUCGUGAAAGUGAUGUAGUCAAGCAAGUUACGGUUGAUCACGAACCUGAGAAGGAGAGAGACAUUGUCGAGAGCAGAGGCGGCUUCGUCUACCAAGAACCAGGUAAUGUUCCGAGAGUGGAUGGACAACUAGCAAUGACUCGUGCGUUUGGAGACGGAAGGCUUAAAGAGCAUAUAAGUGUGACACCGAAUGUAGAGAUUGUCGAGAUACACGAUGACACCAAGUUCUUGAUCUUGGCUAGCGAUGGACUUUGGAAGGUUCCUGUGUAUAUUAGUCUCGUGAUGUCGAAUGAAGAGGUUUGGGAUCAAAUCAAAAAGGAAGGGAAUGCAGAGGAAGCUGCGAGAACACUAACUGAUAAAGCCUUGGCUAGAGGAAGUAAAGAUGAUACCUCUUGUGUAGUUGUCUCUUUCCUUCAGUCCAUCGAUUAGAUAAUUUAGGUCUCUUAUCUUUCUUUAAGUGAAUCACAGUUUUUGAAGGAAAAAUAAAACAUUGUUUCAUACAAUAAUAAGUUCCAAGCCGAAUCUCUUUUA